GCAGAGCCGGUCCUGCUCCUUCCCGGUUAGAGACGGGGUUAGGGGCAGUGGCACUCGCACCAUGAGCGAGGCGGACGGGCUGCGGCAGCGGCGGCCGCUGCGGCCGCAGGUCGUCACGGACAAUGGCCAGGCCCCCGAGUCCAAGGACGGCAGCUCCUUUAGUGGCCGUGUGUUCCGAGUGACCUUCUUGAUGCUGGCUGUCUCCCUCACUAUUCCCCUGCUUGGAGCCAUGCUGCUGCUGGAUUCUCCCAUAGACCCACAGCCUCUCAGCUUCAAAGAACCCCCUCUCUUGCUUGGCGUUCUGCAACCAAAUACGAAGUUACAACAGGCGGAAAGGUUGUUUGAAAAUCAACUUAUUGGGCCAGAGUCCAUAGCAAAUAUUGGGGAUGUGAUGUUUACUGGUACGGCAGAUGGCCGGAUCGUAAAACUUGAAAAUGGUGAAAUAGAGACCAUCGCCCGGUUUGGUUCAGGCCCAUGCAAAACCCGAGAUGAUGAGCCUGCUUGUGGGAGGCCCCUGGGCGUCCGGGUGGGGCCCAAUGGAACCCUUUUUGUGGCUGAUGCGUAUAAGGGACUAUUUGAAGUAAAUCCCUGGAAACGUGAAGUGAAACUGCUGAUCUCCUCUGAGACACCCAUUGAGGGGAGGAAAAUGUCCUUUGUGAAUGAUCUUACAAUAACUCAGGAUGGGAGGAAGAUUUAUUUUACGGAUUCUAGCAGCAAAUGGCAGAGACGAGAUUAUCUGCUUCUGGUCAUGGAGGGAACGGAUGAUGGGCGCCUACUAGAGUAUGACACGGAGACCAAGGAAGUGAAGGUUUUACUGGACCAGUUGCGGUUCCCUAACGGAGUGCAGCUUUCUCCCGCGGAGGACUUUGUCCUGGUGGCCGAGACGACAAUGGCGAGGAUAAGAAGAUUCUACCUGUCGGGCCUGAUGAAGGGAGGGGCUGAUCUGUUCGUGGAGAACCUGCCUGGAUUUCCAGACAACAUCCGACCCAGCAGCUCUGGAGGGUACUGGGUCAGCAUGGCAACCAUUCGCUCCAACCCUGGGUUUUCUAUGUUGGAUUUCUUAUCCGAGAGACCCUAUAUUAAAAGAAUGAUUUUUAAGCUGUUUAGUCAGGAGACUGUGAUGAAGUUUGUACCACGGUACAGCCUCGUUCUAGAACUCAGCGACAGCGGGGCCUUCCGGAGAAGCUUGCACGAUCCUGAUGGGCAGGUGGCCUCCUACGUCAGCGAAGUGCACGAGCAUGACGGGCACCUGUACCUGGGCUCCUUCAGGGCCCCCUUCCUCUGCAGACUCAGCCUCCAGUCUGUUUAGCAGCCUUGACCGUGGCUGUGCCAGGAGUCCUCAUACUGGGCACCACUGCCGGUCCAGGAGAUUCUGUGCACACAGCCCUUUUCACCUGCACCUGCCGGUCCUUGGACAUGGACAUUGGAAGUGGACAGUGAGACCCUUCGGAUGUCUGGGCCCCUGUGGGAUACCCCUCACCUGGGUUUGACUUGCAUCUAGAGGGAAGCAUAACAUGCCACGGGGAAGAUAAGUCCAUAUUAAACCAUUUCCUCUUAAAAAAACCUAAGUACAGUGAUUCUAUUCUCUAGGACUUAGGAGUCUUCAUACACUUUUAAUAGGUCUCAGGGUUUGGUGGAUAGAGCAGUAGAUGAGAUGUCCAGGGAUCUUGUUUUUGCUACUGGCUGUCCUGCCAGCCUCAGUAUCUUUACUAUAAAAUGUGGUAAUACCGGUCUCUGCGGGUGGGGCACAGGAAGGGCAAGGAGAGCUCAGUGCAAAAGUUUGUUGAGGCCAGUGAGUGGGGCUGUGUAAAUGGUAGAGAUAUAUUCUCCAGAGCUGUGUGGGCCUUGGGCCCUGGAUCCUGUGCGGUCCCUUCCAUAGCUCACACUCCCCAGCCUGCGCCAGUUCAGCCCCACUCUGAACCAGAGGGUUUUCAAGACUCCUGAGUCCCCAUCAACCAUUUAAAGGCAAGGACCUGGGAAAGUGCAUAGAAGCAUGUUGAUCCCAGCAGCUCACAGAGGACCUGCAGGGCUUCUUUCUGUGAACAGACCACAUCAAUGGAAUGAUCCAGCAGCUGGGUACUACGGGGCAGAAUCUAGGGGAGUCCUGUUGACACCCCUUUGUUCCUUACCUCUAGACCAGCAGAUGAAUAGUGCACAUGUUAAUGUCAUUUGCUAGGGUGUCACAAGCCCGAAAUGGCUGUAUAUCCUGACAAGUGUGUACACACUGGUCCUAAUUUUGUCAGGGGGCCCCAUGUAGUAAUGAUAAUUAAAUUGAUUUUCUGCUCAUUAACCUUUUCUGAUGGUGUUGCCUGGGAGUUUCUUCUCUGAUAGAAUUAGGUUAACGGUGACUGG